AUGGACUGUAACUGCGUCAGUGAUCUGCUGCUCCCCCCGGUGCCCGCACUCUGGACACCAGUCAUUCAGACAGCAGCACGCCCCUCCCCACCCACCCGCUCCCUGUGCACAUCGGGACCAACGACAGGCCCCCAGCCUCAACCUCCGCUCUUUCCUGCUUCCCUCUGCCCAGGGUUCGCCUUCCCAGACUGGGCCUACAAGCCCGAGUCAAGUCCUGGCUCCAGACAGAUCCAGCUGUGGCACUUCAUCCUGGAGCUGCUGCAGAAGGAGGAGUAUCAGGGGGUGAUCGCCUGGCAGGGGGACUACGGGGAGUUCGUCAUCAAGGACCCAGACGAGGUGGCCCGGCUGUGGGGGCAAAGGAAAUGCAAACCCCACAUGAACUAUGACAAGCUGAGCAGGGCUCUGAGGUAUUAUUACAACAAGCGCAUUUUGCACAAAACCAAAGGGAAACGUUUCACCUACAAGUUUAACUUCAGUAAGGUCGUGCUGGUGAACUACCCCAUCCUGGACAUGGCCAACUCUCCCUUCUUUCUGGCCCAGAAUCACUUCAAUGGGGGAACCACCGCACCCGAAUGCACCCCAGAGGCCAUACAGUCCCUGUUUCCCCGCCUGCCAGACUCCGGCAGAGGAACUUCCCUGUUUGAUCGAGGGACCACAGCACCAGGGCCUGAAGGAGACAAGCUACGACUGGACACUUUCCCUUUCCUCAGUACAGGUGCCCCAUGCUACUCCAAACCCCCGUCCCUGCUGGGCCCGUACCCUCGCAACCCACCCUUUGACUACCCCUGGGGCUUCAACCCCUACCUCCCAGGGGCCUUCUCUCUCAAUAACUGCCCCAAACUGCCCCCUGGCUCCCUCUACCCCUCCCAGUUUUACCCCAACCCUUUGCAGAGCAGCCUAUCCCAGCUGCCUCACCCCUUCUCCUCCCUGCUCCCCCCUGGGGACGCAGCUGGGGGUGAAAGGGGAGCGGCAGGGCAAACCGGAGGGACAAACGGCACAGCGGGUGGUCAGCCAAUCAGACUCUGUCUGCCACCCUACCCAGGGAGCCUGACGCUGGGUCGGACGGACAUUGGCAACGGGGCAACACUUGGUGAUCGGGCGGAGGCCAAUCCUCCAGGCUCUGGGCUGAGUCUGAGUCUGGGAGCGGUCGGGCUGGCAGCCGGAACUGGGGCAGACCAGCAGAGCCCCACGGAGAGGAGGGCUGGGGUGAAGCAGGACCCUGAGUCGGACUCAGACCUGGAGAUCACAGAUCUGAGUGACUGCAGCUCGGACAACGAAAACGAGCAUGAGUUUGGCUUGAGGAAGGCAUCAAGCCUGGCGAACCGGCCACAGAUCCUGUUGGAUGGAAAGAAAGGGAGCGCGCUGCCGCCGAUCACCUCUCUCCCCCCGCCAGUGUCACCGCGUCCUCUGAAGAGCCUGAUUCCCGUCAGUCCCCCUCCGCCGUCCCUGGCUCCGUCACUUUCCCCUUCCUUGGCUCUGCGUGAAAGACACAGGGAGACAGAGACUCUCAAAAUGAUACACAGCUAAUACAUCCUGCGUCCACCAUCUUGCCAGUCUAUGCUCUGAUAACUCUCUUCUUCUGUCCUUUUGUUUCUCUGAGAGGCUUUUUCUGCUUUAAACGAUGAACUCUGCGAUCAGUCUUGAUAGAUACUUUUUCCAGGGAAGGCAGUUAAGUUCUUCUCUCCUAAAAUUACUGUUUCCCUGUUUGCUGUCUAAGUUUUUACUUGCCUACACUCCAUUACACUACUGACUUCUCCAUCUCAGAACAUAUGGGGCUUAUGCUUUUGAGGGCAUCAGCAGUCUGUAACACCGUCUUGUCUCUUCUGCUUUGACCACUCACACUAAAUGAUCGCUCCAUGGUCCGUAAACACGUUUACGCAUCACGAGCCGUACUCUACAAUUUGCUGUCCACAGACAAGCUAUGACAGAAGGCAUUGAGUUAUUAAUACAACAACAUCCCUAUACUAACAAAACCAAACGAGAAAUGAUGCUCUGAUCAACCCAAUUUUACAGAUUUGUACUAAAUAAAUAUAUGUAAUAUAUAUAUAUAUAUAUAUAUAUGUGUGUGUGUAUAUAUAUAUUACAUAUAGAAAAAUAAUUUUGAGACAUGGUCAAAUACUGCCACCUAGUGUUUUGUUUAGUCAACGUCUCCUUCAGAGAGAUCAUCUCGUCUCCAUGAUGUUACUCUCGCCCCAAAGUUCAUUUUGCACUUACUUUUAUAUGAUAUUGUUUCUUGCAGGUCACUUCAAAAGUGUUUUUUAAAAAAAAUCCAUAUUUCUAAUAGUGCUAACUGUGAUAGUCUGUGAAUAUUUAUUUUGUCCUGUGGUUCAAGUAUUUUCUGCACAUUCUCCAAAAAGGGAAGAAAAAGAGAGCAGAGGGAGCUGGGCCAAUCUAGAUAUUUGUAUGAAUAUUUCUGUGUAUAUAUUUUAAUAUGGUGUACAUUACAUUUAAUUAUUAUUCACUAUGAUAAGAUUUAGCUGUAUUGUUGUGAUUUAAUUCCGUAUUUAAACAUGUUUGGAAAAAUUAUAAGCUUAGGUGUAUCAAAGUUUAAAUUAUUAAUGGCAGACGAUCUGCACUCUGAAGAUGUUUUUCUAUGAUGAAGACAGAGGUCACACUGGGAAUUUUCUCUGAUUUUCUCAACCCCAGUUAAUUGUGCCCUUUGGUCAUUUUUGCCAGAUGCCCAACGUACAAACCCUUUGGGUUCAAAUAUAUGCUGGUAGACCUAUUUUUAUAGUUAGCAUUCACCCAGUGUAACUGUACUGUAAUUAGUCAAAUGUGAAUAAUACUGGGCUUUGCAUUUUCUCGAAAAUCUGUUUUGAUUAUUUUCCAAUCAAUGCUUUUUGUCCAUGCCAGCAGCAGGGCAAUCCGGUUAGGUUGACGACACCAGAAAAAAAGAAAAAGAUUCAAAAACUGUUGAUCUGUUUUCGUCCAGCAUCCUUUCUCCGGCCCAGUUCCUCAGCACAGACUGAUCAAUAAACCAUAUUGUACAGCUUCGUAGACUUUAAUGCCUAUGGUUUGUCAAACAGUGGCAGUAUAUGAUUAGUUGUGAAAGCUCUAUUGUAAAGUUAAUGUAAAGCUCUAUGUUUUGAGUUGUUACAGGAAAGACCUCGCGUCACCUCCACGUGGACGACACUGACCAACAGCUGUAAAUACUGUUUCCUUUGUGUGUGUAUGUCUGUGUACACAUCCAACAAUGACAAUGCAGUGGUUUGACCUGUCAUCUCUCUUUGUUUUACUGUAAAGAGGAAAAAUUGAAAGUGCAAAAAAGAAGAAAAAGAUUCAUAUCUUCAAAAGCAAUAAACAUUAUUCUGGAUAGUGGACUGUU